AUGAACCUGGUCUCUUCCUCUUUGUUGUUGUUAUUGUACUUUAAUUGGGCUGAUUGUUCGAUAUUUAAGUCCAAGUUGUUUAAACGACAAUCUGAUCUGCCUUUGGCCAAUGUUUUUACACCUAAUAAUCAAGGUAAAGGGCUGGACUUGAAUCGAUGCAACUCGGAAAGCUUGGAGAAGAUCAUGUUGGAGGUGGGUUUUUAUAUUUUUAAAGCUAAGAUGAGAAGUUUGGCUUAAAAUCAAUUAAACUUUGAAGUGAAAAUAUCAUUUUUAACAAGCUUUUGCUAUUUUUUAACAUUUUAAGACAAUUGACAGCCUUUUUAUCACAGUUAACAACCUUUUUCUCCAAUUAACCACCUUUUUAUCCCUAUAACUACUUCAAAAUAUAAAAUGAUCAUGUUUGUAACCACCCCCACACAUCUUACCCAUCCCAUACGCCUUAUCCAUUCCAUACAUCUUAUCCAUCAUCACGUAAACAAGACAAAUCCGUUUCAGAACAUUGGCGAUGACGUCAAACAAUCCAAACUUCGUAUCAUGGAGGCGGCUGAAGCCACUCUCGGCGGCGCGUUCAACGUCGUUUGCGCUCACGGUGAUUUCAGCUACAUCACCAGCACCAAGCUCUACUGUUUGACCGGGACGGACGCUGUGAAAUGCUACGCAUUCUUGUCGUUCAGCUCGGAUUCGGAAUGA